UCGCCAAACCGCCCUUUUUUUAUAACACAUACUCUCCAUUCUCUCCUCAAUGAGAAACCCCAAAAAUAGCUAAAAAUGAAAAAUUUGUUAUUUUUGCUAUAAAAAAAAACAACUCAAAGAAACGAAAAAGUUGUACGAGGAGCUCUAAACGAAGUGCAGAAACAGCAGGAGAUGGAAUCUUCAAGGACAAGUUUCACAUUGUCAAAGAGAAGAAAAACCGUUGAUUCUAAAGAUUUGCAGGAAUUGGAGUUACCACCGUCAACGGACAUUAAACUCGGAAACUCUCGUCGCCGUUUCCUUUCGGAUUCGGGGGACAAACCUAUUCAAGUCUCCACUUCCUCGAAUUUCGCCGGAGAUAUGUGUUCGAGCCUCGGCUCCGGCGAUGGUUCAUGCUCGGCUUCACGUUGUGUUAGCAAUGAGUCGUGUGAUAUUGUUAAGCAUAGCUCGAGGUUCGUAGAUCUAGAGGUCAAGAGUUUCGGAACUGAAAUAUCAACGUGCAUCAACAACACUAACAAAUUCAGUACGAAAACAACUCCAACAAUCGAGCUCAUCGGAGACUCAGAGGAACCGCCACAUAGAAAUACGCCUCCGUCUCCAUCACCAUCACCGCCGCCGACACAAGCGGAGAUCGACGAGUUCUUCUCCGUCGCUGAAAAGUACGAGCAAGUCCGAUUCUUAAAAAAGUACAAUUAUGAUAUUGUCAAGGAUGUCCCUCUUGACGGUCGAUACCAGUGGAUUCGGUUAAAGCCCUGAAAGUGAGAAGGAAAAGAGAGAUAUGUUAAAGUUACAGGUGGUAGCACGGAGAUAUAGCACCUGACAGUUGACAAAUACCAAAACAGGUGGAGAAUAUCGCUUCUUUUUCACUUAUUUGUACAGUUUUUUUUAUUUUUUAAAAUUUGAACUAAUUUUUAUUUAUAUUUUUAAGUAAAUUAGCAUUGAUAGGGAAUUUUGUUAUUUAUUUGAAAGUUGUGUUUUGUUUGAGCUUU